AUUAUUAGAAAAAUAAAGAAUAAUUGAGUGACAAAGUAUAUUUUUCUUAUGUAUAUGUAUGUAUGUGUUGUAAUGCGCAAGUAUAUGCAUGUAAAUGAGGUCAUUGCAGUGAUUUUUUAACGAUUUUAAUAUUGCAACAAAAUACUCAUGAGUGUAAUUCUAAGCUAAUGUUAAGAACAGAAAUACAGCACGAAUGUACAUAUACAUUUUACAUGAACAGUGCAUAGCAGAUAAGAAAAUGAGGCACGCAGAAAUGAAGUAGCGGUACUUCCUGUCAAAUGGCAGUGAGCGCACGCAUUCGUUGGUGGAUUUCCGUUAUCACUGUUAAAAGCUUUGAAAUUGUGAAGAAUAUUUUAAUUAUACAUUUAAUUGAUUAAGUGUGGCUAAAAAUAGGUCCCGUGAGCGGCAAUAAAAACAUAUUUCUUGAAAUUGCUAUCAAUUCAUAUUCAUCUUUAAACGAACGAGUGAUUAGCUGACACCAUAAAAUAAUUUUUAAAGUACAUAAAUUGUACCGCAUAAGCAGCUGUGUCAACUGUGGAUUAUAGUUUUUAAUUUACUUUAUACAUAUAUUUAACUCAAGUACAAGCAAUAAAUUAAUUAAACACAUACUCAAAUAAAUAGAAAUAGCGUAUAAAAUGUGUGUAAUGCGUGCUGUCGCUUUUGAAUAACAGAUAAGAGAAAAAACGAAACCUUCGGCUGCACCGAAGCUAUAAUACCCUUCAUGCAUGCAUUUCUUAUGGCAUAAACUAUUUUUAACUUGAUUUUGAUUGGUCAGUUUAUUUGACAGCAACAUAUAUGCUAUAGUAGUUCGAUCUGAAUAAUAUGUUAGAAUAUUGAAACGUCGAUUUGGGCAAUAAUCUGUGCCGAAUUUCAUAAAGAUACCUUGGCAAAUAAAAAGUUUGCCAUACAAGUACAAGAUUUUGAUCGUUCAGUUUUUCGAUCUGAAUAAUAUGUUGGGAGAUUGAAGCGUUGUUUUAGGCAAUAAUCUGUGCCAAAUUUCGUGAAGAUAUAUUUUAAAAUAAAAAAUACAAGGACUUGAUUUGGAUGCGUCAAUUUCUAUGAAGCUACACCCAGUGGUGGUUCGAUAUCAGCGGUCAAAUCAAAUGACCAGCUGUUAGGGGAGAAAAGGACGUACGCAAAAUUUCAGUUAGAUAUCUCAAAAACUGAGGGACUUAUUCGCGUGUAUGUGUGCAAACUUACCCCGUUUAGGGUAUAAAAAAGCAGCAUUGCAGUGCCAUAAAGAUAAUGUUUAUAUAUAACUACUUUAAUUGCAGCGCUGAUUAGCAUUUUAGUUUAGUUUAUUGAUAUAAUUCAAUAUUUAAAAUGCGUAUUUAAAGACAUUAGACUGCAGUCCAUGAAGCACAACGAAAAGUGACAGUCGAAGUUAAAGCAUAAAAUUUAAAUAAACAACUAACAAAGCGUCUUCGAAGCAACCGCACGAUGAUUUGGGAGCUGAUGCUGCUGGCAGCGACAGUUCUCUGCCUCGCCUUACACUACCAAUAUGAGCGCACGCGUAAUAAGGACUUCUACAAGCGCAUACCACCCGUCUCCAAUAUACCGUUCGUGGGUUGCAUGCUCGUGUUGGCGCGCUUUCAGCCAGAUAAUUUACAUUUGAAGUUUCAAGAGUUCGUCACGCGCUUCGGCAAAAGUUUCUGCGCGCUAAUGCUACGCGAUCUUAUGGUUGUGACCGCCGAUCCGCGUUAUGUCGAAGAGCUACUUAGCAGCCAAAAGCAUAUACAAAAGAAUCAACUUUAUUGGCUGCUGCGCGGCUGGUUGGGCGAAGGUUUGCUGCUUAGUUACGAUCGCAAAUGGCAGAUGAUGCGCAAAAUUAUCACGCCCACCUUCCAUUUCAAAAUACUCGAGCAGUUUGUGGAUGUUUUCGAGCAACAAAGUCGUGUCUUGGUGCAGAAAUUGUCAACGCUCGCGGAUGGCGCAACCGCUGUGGACAUAUAUCCACAUAUAGGACUUAUGACGUUGGAUGUGAUAGCGGAAACCGCAAUGGGCGUAUGUGUGCAUGCGCAGCAGGACGCCAAAUCGGAUUUUGUACAAGCCGUGAAUGACGUCACGAAUAUUGUUGCCACACGCUUUAUACGUCCGAUCUUGGCCUUUCCGCGCUUAUUUAAGCUGCUGCGGCCCCAACAGUAUGAAAAGCAAAUGGAGGGCAUUAGAAUCAUGCAUCGCUUUACCGAGCAAAUUAUUGAAGAACGCCGCACAGCGUUGCAAAACAAAUACAAUGCGAGCACGGAAAGUGCAAUGAGCGCCGAAAUGUUGGAUAUCGGCUUAAAACCACGCAUGGCACUACUGGAUGUACUCCUCCAAUCUACCACUACCGACGGGCAACCGCUAACCGAUGCGCAAAUACGCGAUGAGGUUAAUACAUUCAUGUUUGAGGGACACGACACCACCACAUCAGCCAUCUCUUUCUGUCUCUAUUUACUGUCACGCCACCCGAAUUGUCAACGUGUACUCUUUGAAGAGGUACGCAACCACUUCGGCACUGAUACGAGCCGACCGAUCAAGUAUACGGAUGUGCAGCAUCUAACAUAUUUGAAUUGUGUAAUUAAGGAAACAUUGCGCCUUUACCCACCCAUACCGGUAAUUGGACGUUGGUUAAAGGAGGAGCUGGUCUUGCCUGACGUUACGCUGCCACCGCGCACCAAUGUGCUCAUAUUACUCUGGCAGAUCUUACGUGACCCCGAUGUUUACACGGAGCCGGAACGUUUUUGGCCUGAACGUCAUUUGGAAAACAAUGAACGCGCCAAUGUCUUCAGUAAUAUACCCUUUAGCGCGGGCCCACGCAAUUGCAUCGGACAGAGGUUUGCCAUUUUUGAGAUGCGUACUGUCGUCGUGCAAGUGCUACGUCACUACGAACUCUUGCCUAUCGGUGUACCGAUACAGCCAUCAAUCAAAAUUGUGUUACGCUCGAAAAGUGGGGUUAACGUCGGACUCAAAACACGUGCUUAUGUUUAAGGGCAAAUACUGUACAAGUUUUAAACAAUGUGAUGCGUGAAAAAGUAGCAAUACAAUUGUGAUAUUUAGAGUA